GCUAUUCAUUCUACAGUACCUGGCAACACAAUAUUUAAUGGCCGCGUCCAUAAACCGUUAAAUGAUGAAACUCUAAGAUUAUCAAAAUAUUGUUUAAACAUAAAAUCUGAGUUAUUUAGAAUCAAAAGUCGGGCAGCAUGGCUUCUAUUUUAAGAAACGCUGCCGCUGCAGUGAACAACAAGGGCAUGCCAAGCUCGUUUUACAGUAAAGACAAGCCUAACCCUGUGUUCCAAUCACUGGAUAAGGAGCUGAAGCAGUUUAUGGGAUUUAUAAAGAAGAAAAAUGCAAAAGGAUAUCAGAAACCAGAAGAUGAAUCACAAUCUCGACCAGCUGAUACAUUGUUUGAGCUUUGGAACAAGUAUGAACCAAGAUUGCCAAGGUCUUACUACCAAGAGAAACUGUUGGAAGUAGGAGAUUUCCUCAUGUCAUCAAAGGAGUACUAUCUAGCUCUGUGGCAAUGCUAUGACAGAUACCUGAUGCAUUUUGGAGAUACCAAUGUUGUGGACAUUGACGAUGUAGAAAUAUUCAAAGAAACAUUCUUCCCAAAAGGUUUUAAAGAAGACGGUGCCGCCUUAACUUUCCGAGCUCUGAUGGGCAAAAGCAUCAGCAUGUACCAUGUGGUAAAGGUGUCAGACCCAAAGCUUCAGAAUGCACAGAAUGUUGAGAACUGCGUGAAGAUUUUGGCCUUCCUGAGGCUUGUCACCCAGGUCAUUCUUCCCAUUGAGAGACUUUGCUGGCUUGUCUACAAUGGUACCUUGCAUAUCUACACAAUAGCGCGGUACCUAAUGUUCUUGGGCCACUCUGCGAAGGUUUUGGAGUACCUUCUGUGGGCAUGCAUGUGUAUGGAGACCUCCGUGCCUCUUUUAACUGUCCGUUACCUCUCCUGGCGAUCCACCCUCUACACUGCAGUAUGUCAGUGCUACUUUGACUGCAAGGCCAGCGAACAGGCAGAGAGUUUUGCCCGUCGAGGUCUUUCCAAGAUACAGGAGCUGAGUCAGCUGGAAGCCAUGAGCAGUGCCAAGGACACGCCUGAGAGGGAGGCUGCAUUCAGGCAGGCCACCAUCAAGAUGGCCAUUAUGGUGUUUCGACGAUCUGUCUACGAGACAAGGAGAAGACCCAAAGGACUACUCAGGCCAAAGACAAGGGCUAAUUUGAAAGAUGCACUGAGUCUCCAGUGGCCACGCACCCCCAGUGAGAAGCUUCUCCAGGACAUGUUCGAAGGAAGCGCCACCCAGCUGCUCUGUAUCCUUGAGGCGCUUAACGACACCAACCGUCGUAUCCUUGUCACGAGUCCACCUGCCCCGGACUCUGAGGUGGAGAUACUCGACGUGUAUGCUGAACUGUUCCUCGCUGCACAGGAAAUAUUGGCAGGUGGAGGGGGUCACAGAGGCUCCCUUCCCAAGGCCACGAGCCCCGUGGGAGUUCCUGCUCUGGCGGGUGUUGUUCAGGGAAGAUCACUCAUGGAGAUGGCUGCUAAAGGUGAAGAUGGCGCCACUGUGGAGGCAGCCAUCAAGCUGGUGAAGUUUGCCUUCAGUUUUGAGCAGUGGGAUGUGUUUGAGAGCCUCAAUGACACCUUGCUCACCUACCUCAGGAUAAUCAACGAUGACACACACCAGUGGGAUGAGAAGUGCCUACAGAUCUUGGCAGCCAUGGAGAAGGUGAUGAGCAGCAAGAAGCACCGCCGCACGGUCUCCCAGGGCGACGAGGAACCCCUGGACCAUGACAUGGCCCCCUCAGUUGCUGCCCAGUCUGUGAGGUCUGUGAAUCUCAAUGAUGAGCUGAUAAUCCUGGCUGACACCCUCAUGUCUGUUGUCACCGGACCAUUCACGCCAGAAAGUAUUGAGGUUGACGUGAUAGUGGAUGCAGCACUGUACAUGUGGAACAAGUGCAAGGCAGUCUUCCAGAGGUAUCAGACCGGGUCCGUUGAUAACCCUAAAUACCUCAGCAAAAUGGAAAACCCCACAAAGUGGGUGUACAUACUGGACGUGGUUCAUCAGCUGUUGUGCUGGUGUGGGAUCAGUAGCGUUGACCCAGCCCUCACGGCUGAGGUCGUCCUGAGGCUCGGACUUGUGCUUGAGAGCAGCGCACAUCUUGACCAGAUUGAAGGUCAUAAACUGUUUGACUGGAGGAGAACACCAUCACCAGACAAAGACAAUGUUGAGAGGAAAGACACCCCAGUAACGCCUCGAUCAGGCUCUAGAGCAGAUGGCCGGUCUCCAUUCAAGGACACGUCAAUGUCUGACCUUGGCGGCACGCAGGAGGGGAUCUCCCGAGCCUCCAUGCUGUCUUCCUCGCUUCUCAACGUGAAUCCCCGCAGUCAGCUGCUCCAGGCUCGUGACAUACUGGAGCUUGGACUCAAGAAUGUGUCAUUUGCAAGGCAGGCUGUAGCGUUGGCCGACGGGAAGUCUAUUGCGGAUGUCAGUUGGGCUAAGGAAUUGAAUGAGGAGUUGUUUGCCCCUGCUGAUCACACAACAACUGAGAGCACGACAUCAGAACCAACAGCAGUAGGGGAAAACCCAGUCAACCCGGAGGAACUAAUCCCAGAGAGCAUGCGUGGCUCGGCGACUGCUGUAUGGAACACGGUGAAGGACUUACACCUGGAGCUCAUCCUCAUGUACCACCGUGUGUGCCUCAAGCUGGAGCAGAUGGGACCAGAUCCUGCUGCCAGCAUGCCAAAGCCCUUCAAGAGGAGGACGUGCUCCAGAAUGGAGUUUGGCAGUGACCGUUCUCUGCUGGACUCGUAUGUGGAGUCUACAGAGGAGCUUCUGACAAGGGCCAACAAGAACAACCUGUCCAAGGCCCUGCUCUACAUGCAGAAGGCCUACCUGAGCACCACUGAGGGCAAGGUGUCUAAGGAACAGAAGAAAUGUCUUGAGAAUGCCCUAGCCUGCAUACAGAAGGCCCAAACUGAGGAGAAGCGUACAUACCUGGACAACACGAAGGGGACAGAAGCCCCCCCAGGGGAAGGGCGUGUCCCACCCCCACCCAUCCUGCUCUCAAGGACUGACACCUCCAUAGUGUUCCAACCAGCACCGUGGAAACCAGCUACUGGUGAAAAGGUUACCUGGUACCGAAUAUUUGCUCGCAAUGCAACGGGCAGCAAUGUGAAAGCCCGGAUGAGUGACUAUCUCUUCCCAGGCACUGGUCAGCAGGUGCCCUGUCACCACCAUGAGCUGCAUGUCUCAGGCUUGAAGGCCAACGAGAGAUACGUGUUUGCUGUGGCCGCAUACACGAUAGAGGGAAAGCUGAUAGGUGACGGGGUGGGAGAGAGCACCAAGCCUAUCCUGGCUAACCACCCUCUCCCUGUACUCACUACAUGGGCAUUCCUAGCACAGAUUUCAUACCAGAUUGGUUGCUAUGACGUUUGCCACCGUGCUUGUGACGUUCUGUGGGACCAUUUCAUAGCUGAACGGCCUCCACCAGCAGGGGUAACAUACACGACAUCAAACGAGAGGGACUUCAAACUGACACUCAUGAGACUGAAUCAGAAGAUUGUCUGCCUGUCGUCGCCAGUGAUCUUGCGGCUGUUCCUCACGAGCAUCUUCAUCAGUGUAGAUAUCAAUGUACGGGAGGGCAAGAUCUUCUGUGAUGCCCUGUGUGACAAGGGGCCUGUGUACAGUGGACAGAUUAAGCGGCUGUUGGAGUGUGAGAAGAUGCUGGUUGCUAUAGAGCUGGCGGGCUGGCUGAAUGAGUCCAAUCAGGCCCUGCAAGCGGUCGUACAGUGCUAUGGGCUUCUGGCCCCCCUCAUCUUUUACAAGAUACCAUCCAUACCAGUAUUCCAGAUUCUGCAGCGCUGUCAUGCGGUCCUUCAGGAGAUACCAGCUGGACUGCGCCAGAAGAGGCCCACCUCGAUUGCUGACAGCCUUCAUCAUAUGACCGCCUGUAUCACCUUCCAUAUGGCUAAGGUGUUGAGGAACUGGGGCCAGAAGUCACUUGCCAACAACCUGAACGAGGCUGGGCGCAGGCUGCUUGCGCUGGAGGCUCCACCGGCCCCAGCUGAGGCAGGGAAGGAGUUGGAGAAAGGGACCACCCAGGACACCAGCACUGACCCGGAGGAAACCACAGCAUCAAUCAACAUACAGUCGUUGAAGAACAAGUCCCGUCGAAGCCGGAAGGGGGCAAUCAGUCUUAUGAAGGAACACGAGUUGGAGGGGCCGAUGAACGAGGAACUCAAAGCACUGGAAGCCCACAUGCUCAGCAUCUCAAAACAAGUGACAAUGACAAAAGCCCAAAGUGACCACGAGUUAUCCGGCAAUGAGGAUCCCUCUAUUCUGCAUGCCUACAUCGCCUACCUGCCCAGCCGUAUUGCAUACAGGGAGGUGGCCAAGUUCAAGAAGCGUGCUCGGUACUUGGAAUUCUUUGUUCAAGUGGCCCAGAAGGCCCUCACAGAGGGUUUGCCAGAACUGGCCAUGGAGUGGUGUGAUGACACAGAGAACUGGAUUGCAAGGCGUAAUGAGCAGAUCAUCGGUGUGCGUGCCUUCCUCACUAAGCAGCCAGGAGGGACCAUGACAGUGACAGGGGACGAUCCCAAGAAAUUUGCAGCUGCCAUGGUGGAAUACAGCAAGGAAAAACCGGGCAGUAAAAUUGGUGUUGCCCAGAGUCGCAUGGGUGUUUCCCAGAGUCGUAUGUCACAAGAGCCCAGAAAAAUGUCAGUUGCCCUCGUUGCCCCAAUGAGUCGUGCAUCCAGUAAACUGGGGGUAACACCCUCUCAGCUUAAGGGUAGCUUUUUUGGUAUGAAACCCGCCCGCCCUGCUGCUGCGUCCAGAAUUGGGGGUAUUGCGGAAGAACAGGAGUUCAACACCCCUCGAGCUGCUGGUGCUUCCUCCAAGUCACAGGCCAAACCAGGCCAGUCUGCUGCCAAACCCAAGCGCAAAUCCAAGUACAAGGCCUUGCAUGUAAAUGUGAACAUGUCAGAUGCUGCAAAGCAGGCCCAGGAAGAAGCAGAGGUCAAGGCCCUUGAGAAAGUGGGACAGCACCUGCCGGACAUGUACCGUGGCUGGAUUAGGAAACGACGACUGCGCAAGAUCUGCAAUGAUGAGAUGACCUGGAAAUGUCAGCUGAACAUCAUUCAAGGUCUGGCCCAGUUUAGUGCAUUCCUUCAUAAGCUGGAGAAGAGAGAAAAGAUGGUGGGAAACACAGAUAACAUCAUGUACAAGACCAACUUCUUGGACCAAGAGUGGCUGGUAUUUGAAACAGCGGGGACCCUGGUGGUUGGUUGGGAAGGGGGCCCCCUGAAUCACGGUUCCGUGACAGACAAGGUAGAGAAAGAAGCCUCCAAGGGGCCCUCAGUCAGAGAUAAGGACUCUGAAUACAGCGAGGAGAGUUCGGACGAGGACCUUCCCACUAUAACCUCCAAGGCUCGUACCAAGACUGACGCCCUGGAUCUGGCCGGAUAUGAACGCCCGCGCACUACAACCACAGGCAUUGAGAUUGCUGCUGCUUUGGCUACAGGUGCCCCUCCGAUACCGAUGUUCACCGAGCCCCCUGUGAUCGAGGACACACCACGUACAUAUCGGUCAGACAUGAGCACUGCCAGACUACAGGCCCAGAAGAUUCAGGAGCCAGACAAAGCCAUACUCACCGCCCAAGAAACCAUGGACUCCAUCAAACAGUCCUUCAUCUUCUUCAGAAAGGCUAUAAUUCUGGCCCAUCGCGGUGGCUACUGGACGCUGCUGCAGAAUGCGUCGAGGGCCCUGUGGAACAGCCUGCACACAGCUCUCCUGCGUGCAUACACACCCGCACCCAGCGAGGGGGAUAACGGACUCCUGUCCAUGGACGAGAUUCGCUCGUUGGCAUGGAAACCGCUCCACACGGCGGCCGACUGCCUGCUGGAUAUGAUGACCCAGCUAGAGCAGGACCUGCUGGCUCAGACUACAAAGGACAAGUUAAAGGGCAGAAUGGGUGAGGUGUUUGAAUCCUGGACUGGUAGCAUCCUGAACGAGGCUGGUGGGGCCAGUCUGAAGUUUGAGAGCCCGACUGACAACCAGUCUGUGCUGGAUGUCCGCUUCAUCAGGAGACUGGUACUCCGAGUCCUUGAAGUGCUUUACUAUGAGAAGAAGUGGGAGAAACUGGUGGACAUUGCUCUACGCUUCAACGCUCUUACCAACGAGCGCCAUGCUGAGCAGGUGAUCCCCCUAUUGGUGCAGGCCCAGCGUAAGCUCUCGGAGGUCAUACAGGAGCUCGGGGGUCAGGCCCCACCCCAGCCUCACUUCCAGAAGCUCAUGGCCCGGCUGAACACCGUGGUGACGGCGCGCACGUACCUUACACAGCAGCUGGAGCUUGCAAUUGACAAGUCCAAACUUCCGCCUGUGCCCCCAGGUGCAGCAAUAGACCCGCUGGGUCAUGGCCUGUACACGAGCAAGGACGCCCUGAAGAACGUCUCGGUGCCCCUGGACCCCCAGUACAGCCUGUCAGUGCUCUAUGAGGCCUUCGACAAGGCCCAGUACACCUCCAGGGCUCUCGUUCACAGCCGCAAACUGCUCAUCCUGUACCUCGCCAAUCAGCAGAAUAUGGCAGAGGGAGCUCUGAGUCGUGUGCCGUCCCGUGUUGACUUUGUGCCGAACACUGCGCGUCCCCAGCCCACCAUGCCACCGGACAUCAGCCGGGAGGAAUACCUGGACCCCUCGGACGUGCAGACAGCACCCAUACCUCGGUCACAAAUAGGCACCGUGGUUGCUUCAUACGAAAAAACCAUAGAAAUGCUUCUGGCAAAGAACCAGAAGGAACUAGCAGCACAGGCUAUGCAUGAAACGGGAAACCUGAUGUACCAUGCCAACAAUGCACGGGCUGCGUUCAAGUGGUGGACGGAUGCCCUUGACCUUAUCUUCAAUGCAGAGGACGCCCUUCACACAUGGCGCGAUAUGUUCAAGGAUGCCAAGGAUAUCAGCGCCGACAUGCUGCGCCGCUGUGGGAUCUGGGGCGCCAUCCUGGCCGGGAUACUCACCUCCAACAUUGCUCAGUUCAUCUUGACCUCUGACCUUGGUCUCAGAAUGGAGUGCUGCUUCCUGUCUGGAUACCUGUUCAAGACUGUAUUCCGGACAGCGCUGCCCCACCCCCAGGCUGACCGUGACUACGCUUUGUAUGAGGUGGGAGAGGGGUGUGAGGUGACCCACCUGAUCCCCGGGGUGGACCUGCUCUCAGAGAAGUAUCGGGCAGACGGGCGACAGCUGGUGGCAGCCCUCAGAUGGGUCAUAGAGGAGCUGGCCAGGGGCCAUCAUAAUCUCUUUGUACUUCCCUUGCUGACCAUCAACCAGUACUUGUCCCUGUUUGUUUGCCGAGACCUACAGCGUACUGUAGACGGCCGUAUCCUGAAGUGUCGUGUCCUGUCAGACCUGGGUCUGUUCUCUGAGUCCCUGCAGACGUUACAGCGCCUCCUCCACGGGGAGAGACUGCCCCACACUGGGGACAGCAGCUUCAGACAGGUCGAGUCCAAGGUCAUACAACUACGCUUUGAUACCAGCAAGCCCAUAACGGAACCUGUCAACUUGAAGGUGUUGGAGAAUAUUCUGGACAAGCGUCUGUCCUCCAACCUGGGCAUGCUGUAUGGGCCCCACAUGACCUGCCAUCUGUCCCUGGUUCAGGCCCACAUCUUCACCGCCCUGGCAGCCACUAUACCUGUACUGCCCAACUUGGAGGAUGUCGUUGUGCCAGAAGGCGGUAGUCUUCUCAAGCAGUCCACUAUCAGCACCAUGUCAAAGCCUGUUGGCCUGGGACCAGCCAGUCUCAAACUGGGAGAAGGGAAAAAGAGAUCAGGAACCAGGCCGUCCAAAAUAGCAGCCACUGGUGAAAUAGAUACUUUAACUGAGGCUACUGAAAAAGCUUCAGUGGCUGAUAAGCCACAGUCAGAUAAGGGAGACAACUUGGAUACCAAGUCCAGUUCCAAGGGAGACGAUGCUUCAUCUGAUGGAAAAAGUAUUGUGACAGCUUCGGGCUCAGAGAAAACCCGUGGUGAGACAGAUCGUACAUUGCCGUUGCCAAAGCGAUUCAGUGGCGCACAGAAGCCAGUGAACCUGGAGUUUGUGAAGGGCACCUUGCUGGUGGUAGCUGAUCAGAUGGUGGGCACAAUCUCUGAUGUCAUACAGGAGAAUGCUGAGCUAGAGGGCGGCCAUCUGGAUGACUUGUCAGCCGCUGAGCUGGAGCUGGUAGUUCUGUGCAAGCUGGAACAGUCGGAGAUCGCCAGGCAGAAACACCACGCUCCUAUGGCCGCGCGCAUUGUGCUGUCCACGCUGAAAAUGCUGCAGGCAUCGUCCCUCUUCAAGAAGAAGAAACUCGUACCCCACCCUCCCAGAGACUCACCAAAGCUUGAAAGACCUUCAUCCCUGAAGAGUCGUAGUGAUGGCAGACGGCGCCCGCCUGUGCACAUUAAGCUCAGUGAGCCGGAGAACAGUCAAUUCCAGUUCCAAAACUUCCAGUCCCGGUCUCGGCUCGAUGCCAGACUGUGGCUUUCAUGUCGUGCUGCCCUUGUGAAAGCUCUCAUGAUGGAGAUACGCGGCAUGGGAGAUGUCAAAGACCUUAUCCAAUCGGAAAAGAAGGGAAGUGAAAACAAGGUGCUUCAGGAGCUUGCAGACUGCCGUCAGUACUGUGCAGAGGGUCUAGGUGAGUCAGAGGCAUGCGGGGACGUGGAGAAACAGGCUGAGUUCCUCGUGCUGGGGGCCUCCCUGAACAUCAUCGAGGGCAAGAACCUUGAGCACACCAUCUCCCUUCUCCAGGAUGGUAUCCGCCUGCUUACGGGCGUGGCCAGCUUGUCCAUCCCUGGGGUGCAGCUGCUUGCACAGGCUGUCGUCAUGCGUACUGACCUGGAGGCAAUAGAGCACACAGACGACACGAUCAUCUUCACUGAGAGGACAAUGGAUAACUACCUGCAGGCACACGCAUAUAUACUGAAACAGAUGGAGGACCUAGGAGAGGUGAUAGAGCACUAUCAUCCCGAGGGUCGUCUGCAGUUCCGCUCCUGCCCCGUGAGCCCACUUCGUAAUAUCUACCUGCCCCACUGCCUGAACCUCGUACAGGUCAAACUGAGGGUCGGGCACGCCAUGGCUCGCAAUGCUGCAAAGAAUAUCAGAAAUGCAUCCAUCAAGCGCCAAUGGUCUGAUCUGGAGCCGGUGUCCAUGUGGACGGAUGCUCUGGGCGUUCUGAUGUGGGCCCUGGAGAUCUCACGGGUCUCUGUGACCAGAGAGGCCUACCUGGAGGCCGAACUCCUUCUCAACAUAGGCAAGGUACAGAGGAUGCUGGUGUACCUGGGUCAGUUCCAGGCUAGACACGCUGUGCAGUCCCUCCUACAGGCCAUCAAGAUAUCACACGCCAAUGACCACAAUCUCGGGCUGAUCCGUCAAGCCUACCUGGAGAUAGCCCUGGUGUACAUGUACAGCUGUGGUGCAGCCAGCAUGAGACAUGGGUCUGGUAUUGACCCUGGGGGAGAGAGCGGCGAUGAGGCUUCCAGGCAAUCAACAAAUAGGUCCACUGACUCAAAAAAGAGAAGGCUUUCAUCAGAUGAAGUUGAAGAUAAAAAGAAGAAAGCGGGUGCCAAAGAGGAAAUGAAUGACCAGGAGAAGGACCGCCAUGCAGCCUGGUUGGGAAUACGAUGUGCUGCCGCCGUUUCCAACACCCAGAGGAACCGUCUGCUCCUGAUUGGGAACGCCAUCGUCACGUCUCAGAAACUUGCGGAUAAGGCACAGCAAGAGAUUCCAGACUUUGUGGCCCUUGAUCUGGUGGGCAGCUAUGUGCUCGGAGAAAAGAAAAAAGUCUAUAAAAAUGAGAUAGAGGAGGAGUUGUCUACCUUGAUAGAGUCUCAGGAAGUGAGCCAUGUGGACACGUAUGAAGAGCAGUUGCAGAAAACCAGAGAGGCUGCCAUCGACCUCUCCUGGAUACAGUUCCUAGGCUACCAGACAAUCCUUCAGCGACUGUCCAGCACCUCUACUAUUUCUGUGUCCAGUGUGAAGACAGAUGACCACCCGCCCAGUGCAGGGGUCAACGGCAUGGGUGACCUUGGACCUGAGUUUGACCUUGGCUUCAUUAGCCACGCCGAGUGUGAUACUACGCUCAACCACGACGUUGUCAGGUCUAUGUUGUUCUCCGGCACAUGGAGCAUUCGUUUAACUGCCAUGCACAAGUUCCUGUGUGACAAUCUGAAGCCUUAUGCCACAGACUGCUGCGCCGUGUUUCCACCCUCGGCCCUCGACCUGGCCCCACCCCCUGGGCCUGCCACUCAGCUGAAUGUCAUCUACAAGACUUAUCCGGGCAAUCUCACCCACCCAGCAGACCGCGAGAAUGAGACACAGAUCCCAUUUGACACGGAGCUGCUGGCAGGUAUUCCCCCUCCCCCACCAGGCACGGUGAGGAGCCCUACCCAGCCCCUUGACAAGCCCCUGGUGACCCCUAGCGAGAGUGAGGUCACCCUCCAGUGGUACCAGCCCUCCAUGGAGGAAGUGGACCCCACACGGCCCGAGGCGUCUGGGCCCGAGAGUCGGGUGCUGCUCAUGUAUGCCCUCAACAUUAAGAGUGCAGGCACUGUGAACGUGGUGGCGAGAAUCACCUGGAUACAGAUGUCACAGCUCAACGAUCUGCAUGAUAGGUUGGCAGUGCUUAUGCAGAGGGCUGAGAUCUAUUUGCCCACUGAGAAGGGCAAGAAGCGUGAGCCUGUUGCCCCAUCCCCCACCCCCAGCGUCAAGGCAAAGAAAAGCUCACAGUCAAAGUUGAAGGCCUCCUCUCCAAGACGACAGAAAGACGAGACACUGGAGAUUCCAUCCAACCCAGUGUGGAUCCAGAACCUGUUGCGUCAGUGCAUGGAUGACAUUGGCAACAUGUUGGGCUCAACUGCAGAACCAGACACUUCCUCCUCCUACACAGAGGUUCUACCCUUCGAUGUGUCCCGAGGAAACAUCAAGCUCCUGGAGGCCCUGUUUGACCCCAGCUUUGGGGCCACGGUGAGGUCAGCUGACCUGACCCAGUGGCUGCUCAAGCUCUUCCCAGCGUACAUCAACACUGCCACUACCAACGCCUGAAGUGCUGUCAUUGUGAGGGCAGUGAAACAAACUGUAUUUAUGUAUCUACUCAACUACCAAUGCCUGAAGAGCUCUUAAUGUGAGAGCAGUGAAACAAAUGGUCUUCAUGUAUAUUCACAACUACCAACGCCUGAACUGCUCCCAUUGUGAUGUUAUGAAACAAACUGUAUUUAUGUAUUUAUACAACUACCAAUGCCUGAACAGCUCUCAUUGUGAUGUUAUGAAACAAACAGUCUUGAUGUAUUUAUACAACUAUCAACGCCUGAACAGCCCUCAUUGUGAUGUUAUGAAACAAACAGUCUGUAUGUAUCUAUACAACUUCCAAUGCCUGAACAGCUCUCAUUGUGAUGUUAUGAAACAAACAGUCUGUAUGUAUCUAUACAACAACCAAUGUCUAAACAGCUCUCAUUGUUAUGUUAUGAAACAGUCUUGAUGUAUCUAUACAACAGGCCAUCAUUAUAACGGACUGAAAAAGCACUGUAACUGUUCAAUUACCAAUUGAACCUACACCAUUUUAAGCAUUAGGCCAUGCAAAUUCCAUUAUAUAUUUAGCAUCCACUCGAAUUUUUGAAAGCUUGAAGGUAAAGUAAAAAUACAAAACUAGUCAAUUAAAAAUGUUACUUUUACAAGUUUGACAGUAAAACAAUGUAUAAAUGUUAAUGUGUCAAUAUUUCUCACCAUCAUUUAAGAAGUGUAUUGUAACUGUAAUAUGAUGAAACUCCCGAGAUGGGACGCUAAAUAGAUGGAACUGGUAUGGCCUGAAGUAUUUUUUAAAUGAUUUCCAAUAUUUUGGUGUGAAAACAAGCCAAUAAAACUCAUUUACAGGUUAUGAUAGUUGACAUUUGAAGCAUUUUCUUAUAAAUUAAAAUGCAAUCGUUACUAAUUGGUUUGUCAUAGUGUGGUGUGUACAAUAUCUUUGUUUACUGUUCUCUGUCACAGCAUUUACUUUAUUUUAUUGAGCUUUAAACUAUAUACUUCAGUAUUGUGUCUUGACUUACAAUAAUCCCUUUACCAGUCAAGUUACUUGUUAUAAUUGAAUAGUUUUCUCUGUAUUUUACUCAAUUCUUAUAUUUAAAUUUGAAAUUAUUUGUGAUUCAGAUUUUAUGUGCUUACAGCUUUUAAGACUUCAAUAACACUCCGUCCUGUUUUUGUCUGUGAAACAUGUAGUGUUUUUAUAUUUAUUACUCCACUACUUGAGAAGGUAUAUUGACAUGUGUUUUUUAGCUUUGAAGAAUCAAUAAAUGUUGAAUAAAAUAACAACAAAAUCCA